GUCGAAGCCAAACCCUCGGUGUUUCAUAAUGACAAAUUUCUCGCCCGCGAGGGGCCGGCCGAGUACCUGAGCUGAUCACGAGUCUCUCAGCGAGUGCUGGAGAGCCCACUAUGUCCGCCGCCGGCGGCGACCUGCCGGAGACUGUGGAGGUGACGCUGCGCGCCGUCGGCCCGUCCCGUCCAACCACCCUCCGCCUCCCUCCGCUUCUCUCGGUCGCCGAGCUGCGCGGCUGCAUCGCGCGCGAACGCCGUCUAGCAGGCACGGAAGAAGUUCGACUCCGCUUGAUCCUGCGGGGGAAGACGCUCCCGCACCAAGACGACAGCCAUGUCACUCUCCGCGAUGGGGAUACUCUUAUAGUCGCCGUGGCACCUAAGCCUCCUGUUAAUCAUCUUCUUGAUGAUGACGUUGAGGACGAAGAAGAGGAUGAACUGAAGUUCAGAAUACCACAAACGACAACCUUGUGGAAGAGGAAAUUUUUUAUGUUUCUUCGAGACAAAUUGAGAUUGCCUGAUAUCAUUUUGAUGGCGCUGUUUUCUCUCAGUAUGAAAGCAUGGAUUAUCAUUGCAAUGUGGUUCCUAUUGGCACCGAUUGCUCAGAAGUACGACAUUGGACCUUUAUAUAUAAUUGGUACUGGUUUCUUGAUCAUACUUAUUAAUCUCGGAAGACGACAGCAAGGUGAUGUUAGUUCUAGUUUGUCUGGGCCUGUCACCAGUGGCGGAGCUAAAGGGUGGUCCGUGUGUCCUAGCCCAAAACCAAGUAAACUAUGGGUAUUAGUGCAUACUCCAUAUUCAACGAAGAUUUUAGGGAGCUGCCAGGAACACUUAAUGCAGAUCGCAUUGAUGCAGACAUCCGGGCAGGUCAAUUUUAAGCCCUUACUGGGCAUUGCAGAGAUAGGGACCAUGGUAUGCUGAGAUUUGUACAGAAGCGUACUGGGCAUUGCAUUUGUUUGUGCAUGGAAAGCAGUGUGGAGAUAAAGGCUGUGCCCCUCUAAGGUUAAGGUCAAAUAAAUUUCUGACCUGUAAGUGAAAAUGUUGCCUGGUUACAAUUGGAAAUUACCGUGAUACUUUGCAGAUCUGUACUUGUGAAACCAAAAGAGCAGAGUAGCUUAAGACUGGCAACAAAGUGAUUUUAUUCCUCUCUUGCAAGUUCUUGUGUCCGCUAUGAGCCACAAAGUCCUAUAUAGCAACUUGCAUUUAUGAGUUU